AUGGGGCUGGCCAGCAGAGCUGUGGGGACGCUGGGGGUCUUGAAAGGGGCCCCGGUCUCCUCUCUUUGGAGGAUAGCGCUGCUCUUUUUCUCCAUCUGGGAACUGGAUGCACAAACCGCAGUGGAAACUAAACCCCUGUACAUCUGGCAAACAGGUCCAUGGGGUCGGUGUAUGGGAAGUGAGUGUGGCCCCGGAGGCAGCCAGAGCCGAGCGGUGUGGUGCGCCCACGCUGAAGGCUGGACCACGCUGCACACCAACUGCGACCAAGCAGAGCGACCAGAUAACCAGCAGAGCUGCUUCAGAGUGUGCGACUGGCACAAAGAUCUGUAUGACUGGCAGCUGGGAGCCUGGAACCAAUGCGUCCCGGUGUCGAUGCGCAGCGCCGGGGUCCAGCGGCCCGCUGUGUGCACACGGGGGGAGGAGGGCAUCCAGACCCGGGAGGUGGGCUGUGUUCAGAAGGCGGAUGGCGUGCCCGCAGAAGAUGCAAUCUGUGAAUACUUCGAGCCUAAACCCCGCCUGGAGCAGGCCUGUCUCAUCCCAUGUCCUCGGGACUGUGUGGUGUCCGAGUUCAGCCUGUGGACAGCCUGCUCUAAAACAUGUGGGAUGGGCCUACAGAACCGGAUUCGCUUCAUUUUGGCUCCACCGCUGUUUGGAGGGGCAGCCUGUCCAAACCUGACUGAGUUUCAGACGUGCCAGCCAGGUCCCUGUGCCGGAGAGGAGAGCCUUUAUAGUCUCAGGGUCGGACCCUGGGGGCCCUGUUCUGUCCCACUGCCAAGGCAAGCCAGGCAGAAGCGAGAGAAGAUGAGAGAGAAAGUCAGAGAGCGGUUAAGAGAGAGAGGCAAGGCCAAGGAUCCUGAGACCAGAGAGCUGAUCAAGAAGAAAAGGAACAGAAACCGUCUGAAUCGCCCAGGAGGAAAGUUCUGGGACAUGCAGGUCGGGUACCAGACCAGAGAGGUGAGCUGCGUGCACAAGGCCGGCAACGCUGAAGCUCUCAGCCUGUGCUCUCAGGAGACGCUGCCGGUAACCUUCCAGGCCUGUGUGCUGCCCAAAGACUGCGACGCCACCGAGUGGUCUGAAUGGUCACCUUGUUCCAAGGAGUGCUACGAUCCCAACGGGCCCAAGGGGGAGCGCACCCGGGUCAGAAAAGUGAGCCAGUUCCCAGUCGGUGGAGGAGGAGACUGUCCAGAGCUGGAGGAGAAGGAGGCCUGCAGCCCCCAGGGAGAGGCGGUGCCGCCUUGCAUCGUCUACAGCUGGAAGACCACCGAGUGGACCGAGUGCAGGGUGGACGUGCUGCUGAGCCAGCAGGACCGUCGGCGUGGGAACCAGACAGGCCUGUGUGGAGGCGGGACUCAGACACGGGAGGUCUACUGUGUGCAGUCUGCUGCUGACACGCCGCCCAACCUCAGCUCGCUCAGGAGCAGAGAAGCGCUGCGACCCGUGGACAGCGACCUGUGUCUGGGCGUUCCUCCAGACACCACCCAGCUCUGCCACAUCAGCUGCCCUGUGGAGUGUGAGGUUUCCUCGUGGAGCGCUUGGGGACCCUGCACCUAUGAAAACUGCCAGGACCAGGCAGCCAAGAAAGGCUUCAAACUGAGGAAGAGGAGGAUCGUCAAUGAGCCGACGGGUGGGACGGGGAACUGCCCCCACCUGGUGGAGGCAAUACCGUGUGAAGAGCCCAGCUGCUUUGACUGGCUGGUGGUGAAACUGGAGGAGUGUGUUCCUGACAAUGAGAAGGAAUGUGGACCAGGAACCCAGAUCCCUCAAGUCCAAUGUGUCAACAGCGAUGGUGAACAUGUGGAGAGGCAGCUCUGCCGGGAUGCCAUCCUGCCCAUGCCUGCCAUCUGCGAGGUGCCUUGUUCCAAGGACUGUGCCCUGAGCCCCUGGACCUCCUGGUCGCUGUGCUCCCACACCUGUUCUGGAAAAAACACCGAGGGAAAGCAGACCAGAGCGCGCUCCAUCCUGGCCUACAACGCAGGAGAAGGUGGAGUCCAGUGUCCCAACGUCAGCGCCCUGCAGGAGGUGAGGAGCUGCAAUGACCAUCCCUGCACUGUGUACCACUGGCAGACCGGGCCAUGGGGGCAGUGCAUCGAGGACUCUUCCCUCCCGUCUACCAACACGUCUGCGGGCCGAACACGGGGCACUGAUGCGUCUUGCUCAGUGGGGAUGCAAACCCGCAAAGUCAUCUGUGUCCGGGUCAACGUGGGCCAGGUUCCACCCAAAAAGUGUCCGGAGAGCGUUCGCCCAGACACCGUCAGGCCAUGUCUGCUCCCCUGCAAGAGAGACUGCAUCGUCACUCCCUACAGCGACUGGAGCGCCUGUCCAUCAGCAUGUGGAGCAGGAGGCAGCAUUAAGAAGAAGCAGUACAGGAAACGUGUCAUCAUCCAGUUCCCAGCCAAUGGGGGACAGGACUGUCCUGAGGUCCUGAACCAGGAAAGAGAGUGUGAGGCUCCGUCCGUCUGCCAGGGAUACAGAUGGAAAACCCACAAGUGGCGCAGAUGUCAGCUGGUUCCAUGGUCAGUUCGACAGGACAGUCCUGGAGCUCAGGAGACCUGUGGACCAGGUCUGCAGGUUCGAGCUAUUUCAUGCCGGAAGCAGGAUGGAGGCCAAGCGGACGUUGAGGCCUGCCUGAAGUUUGCUCGCUCCAUGCCGCCUCUCACCCAGCCCUGCCAACUGCCCUGCCAGGAAGACUGUCAGCUCAGCACCUGGUCCAAGUUCUCCUCCUGCACAGCUGACUGUGUGGGUGUCAGGACCCGAAAGAGGAUGCUAGUGGGGAAGAGCAAAAAGCGUGAUCAGUGUAAAAACAACCAGAUGUAUCCCCUGAGCGAAACCCAGUACUGCCCCUGUAACAAAUACAACGCCCAGCCGGUGGGCAACUGGUCGGAUUGCAUCCUGCCGGAGGGAGCGCGCAUGGAGGGCCAGCUGGGCAUGAAGGUCCAGGGGGACAUCAAGGAGUGUGGCCAAGGAUACCGCUACCAGGCCAUGGUGUGCUACGAUCAGGACAACCGCAUAGUGGAGACGUCUCGUUGCAACAGUCAUGGCUACAUUGAGGAGGCCUGCAUCAUCCCCUGCCCGUCUGACUGCAAACUCAGCGAGUGGUCCAACUGGUCGCGUUGCAGCAAGUCGUGUGGCAGCGGCGUCAAGGUUCGCUCCAAGUGGCUCAGAGAGAAGCCCUACAAUGGCGGUAGACCAUGUCCUAAGCUGGACCACGUCAACCAGGCUCAGGUUUAUGAGGUGGUGCCCUGCCUCAGUGACUGUGGACAGUAUGUGUGGGUGGCAGAGCCGUGGAGCGUGUGGAAAGUCAGCAAUGUGGAUCUGAAGGAAAACUGUGGUGAAGGUGUCCAGACUAGAAAAGUCAGGUGUAUGCUCAACACUGUAGACGGGCCCUCUGAGCAGGUAGACGACUACCUGUGUGACCCGGAGGACAUGCCCCUGGGUGCUCGCAACAGCCGGCUGCCCUGCCCCGAGGACUGUGUGCUGUCAGACUGGGGAGCCUGGAGCCCUUGUUCACUGCCAUGCAGUGAAAACAGCACCCGGGAGAGGAGUGCUUACCUGCUCCGCCAGCCAGGAGAGGAGAAGGAGUGUCCUCCCACUGCACAGACAGAACCCUGCAAGCUCAACAGCAACUGCUUCCACUACUCCUACAACAUCACCGACUGGAGCACAUGUCAGCUCAGUGAACGAGCCGUGUGUGGAAACGGCAUCAAGACCCGCAUGCUGGACUGUGUCCGGAGUGACGGCAAAUCUGUUGACCUCAACUUCUGCAAAGAGCUGGGUCUGGAGAGGAAGUGGCAGAUGAAUGCUUCCUGUGUUGUGGAGUGUCCUGUCAACUGCCAGCUGAGCGACUGGUCAGCGUGGUCCGACUGCACCCACUCCUGUGGUCUGUCAGGCAAGCUGUGGAGGAGACGGACAGUGAUCCAGGCUCCCCAGGGCGACGGGAGGCCAUGUCCGUCCCAGAUGGAGCAGUGGAAGCCCUGCCUGGUGAAGCCCUGCUACAGCUGGAGAUACAGCAGCUGGUCCGAGUGCAAGUCCGAGGGUGCCAGAUGUGGAGAAGGCCUGCGCUUCAGGAACGUGUCGUGCUUUGUGUCCGAUGGCUCGGGUCAGCAGGACAGCAGCCUGGUGGACGACGAGCUGUGUGGAGAUCUGGAGCCUUCAGUGGACGGAGACACGCGCAUUGUCCUGCAGGAGGCCUGUACCGUGCCCUGUCCAGGAGAGUGCUAUUUGACUGACUGGACUGUUUGGAGUCCGUGCCAGCUCAGCUGUGUGAGUGGGGAUGACCUGGGUUUUGGCUCGGUCCAGGUCCGGUCCAGAGCCGUGGUGGCCCAAGAUCCAGAGAAUCUGCUGCAGUGUCCAGAACAGGAGCUGGAGGCCCGGCCGUGCACAGACGGACAGUGUUUUGAAUACAAGUGGAGGACUGGACCAUGGAGAGGCUCGUCCCGCCACGUCUGGUGUCAGCGUUCAGACGGACUCAACGUUACAGGUGGAUGCCUGGCGACGGCCAAGCCGAUGGCGGACCGGUCCUGUGACCCGCCGUGCACCAAGCCUCGGUCCCUGUGCACAGAGGCCGGAGUGUGCGGCUGUGAGGAGGGCUACACGGAGGUGAUGACGUCUGACGGGCUGCUGGACCAGUGUACUGUCAUACCGGUGCUGGAGAUCCCCACUGCAGGAGACAACAAGGCUGAUGUGAAGACCAUCAGAGCCUUCAACCCCACCCAGCCUGCCGCCAGCACGCCGGGCCGGGCCGGACGCACCUGGUUCCUGCAGCCCUUCGGUCCAGAUGGGAAGCUGAAGACCUGGGUGUACGGAGUAGCAGCAGGAGCCUUCGUCCUGCUUGUCUUCAUCAUCUCCAUGACCUACUUAGCAUGCAAAAAGCCAAAGAAACCGCAGCGCCGGCAGAUGAACAACAGACUGAAGCCGCUGACUCUGGCCUACGAUGGAGACGCCGACAUGUAGAGCCGUCCUGCUGCCACGCUGACUGCCAGACGCUCGUCCUCCUCCAGGACACACAGGGUUGCUCCUCCAGUCGGGCCGCUGCUGGUUCCACCAACAUGCAGAACAAGAUUCUGACAGAACCUCGAAGAUCACCACAGAAUCAUCAGCAGCCUUGACGUUCCCUCUUUUUUAUCUCAUUCUUAUAGUUUGUUUCACAGGAGCCUUCAUGAAUUCUGUCUUCUUCUGGAAGUCUGCCUUUGCUUCUCUGCCAUCUGCUACGUCGUACCGCUCACUCCAUAGAUGUUGGAGCGGGUCGCCCAGAACUAAGAUUUUGCUGAACAAGCACAAGUUUUCAUUCAUUGGUUCAUUUAGUCACAGCUGAGUGACGUCAUCUCUGUUUCGCUGUCGUUCUCCGUCCCGUGAGGACGUUCAGCUCUCCUGUAACUACGGCCUGGGUUCAUCUCACCAGAACAGACAGAACCAGAACACAGAGGUGAGCUCGUGAACCCGGAGCUCCACUACGUCUGCCUGCCUCCUGUCUCUGUCUUCAGGCAUAAUUUUGCACUAUAUUAGUGCAGCAUGAUACGUACUUAUGUCUAGCUUUGCCAUAGGAAACUGCC